AUGGCCUCUGCGGCGUUCUUGAUCUAUUCGGGCAUCAUGCCCCUUAUCAAAACCUUCAUAUCCAUAAUCUGCGGAUAUGUGCUUGCGAGGAUGGGUCUAUUCCCUCCAGCUGCCGCACAGGGUGCUUCGCAAGUCACAAUGAACGUCUCCCUGCCUGCCCUCAUCUUCGCCAACAUUGUGCCUGCGUUCACCCCCUCGAAUGUGGGCGCGAUUGGUCCGCUAUUCCUGAUCGCGUUCUUCUACCAGGCUUUCGGCUUCCUCGCGGGGUUCAUAAUCCGCGAGUUUUGCUAUGUGCCCCGUAACUUCUGGCAAGGCAUCAUCGUCCUCACGGGUAUGAGCAACUGGGGAAACCUGCCAAACGCCGUGGUCAUAUCGGUAACGCAGCAGGCUCCCUUCGACCCCUCUGUUGACGAGGCUCUGGGCGUCUCGUACGUUUCGAUAUUCAUCGUCUGCUACCACAUCACCUUCUGGAUGUUGGGCGCGGCCCACUCCCUGUCAUGGGACUACCGCCCCGGCGUCCCGCAGGGGGAGGCCACGGAACGCCGCCUGAAGUGGCACGAAAAGCCUUUUGGGGCGCUCGUCGCGCGCUACAUCCUGCACCGGGAGUAUCCUCCUUCCCAAGUAGAAGCCCCAGAGAAGGACGAGGAAGCAUGGGCCGAGAAGGAAAAAGGCAAAGACGUAGUGGAGUCUGUCGAGCCCUCCGUCACAGAACUCGACGUGCAGGUGCUCAACGCGGACCUGCCCGAGACAGAUCCCGACGUCCAGCUCGCGCGGCGCACAUCCAGACUGUCCACCGCCGCGCCUCCCGCUCCCAACACCCGUCUCCCACCCUCAGCUUCUACCUCCGCGCUUCCACCGGUUCCCCCACCAACUCGGGCGCAUUCGAUCCGCUCAGCGGCCGACGCUCAGAGUCUGGCACAGGGGAGCGAUACGGACACUCUCCACCCUGCCUCCUUCAAGCACCGAGUCAUUCGCGUCUUCCGACCUCUAGCAGCGUUGAUCACCCCUGUGACGAUCACGCUUGCGAUCUCCCUCCCCAUCGCGCUCGUGCAGCCUCUCAAGGCCCUCUUCGUCGAUGUAUCCGACAUCGGUGGGCCGAGCUGGAAAGGCCCCGACGGCCGUCCACCAUUGGCGUUCCUCAUUGACACUGCUCAAUUUAUGGGCAACAUCGCCGUUCCGCUCGCUCUCGUGCUGCUCGGCGCGAGCUUCGCACGGCUGCAGACGCCGCGGCCGCUCUCGCGCCUGCCUCUCAUGGCCAUGUUCCUGACCACGAUCACGAAGAUGGCCAUCCUCCCCGUUAUCGGGGUCUUCCUCGUGCAGGCGAUGACCAACGCGGGGCUCAUCGACAAGAGCGCGAAGGCGGAGCGGUUUGUCGCCAUGUUCUUGAGCGGAACGCCGACUGCCGUCAACCAAAUGAUCGUCUCUUCGCUGUACUCACCAGACGGCAAUGUAGACACACUCUCGGUAAGCUUGUUGGUCAUUUUGAGAUGCGAUGGCUUGCUGACAUCUUAG